UAACCAACGAAAAAUUGGGUCGAUGAAAAACCAACCCAAUCAAUAAAGGGUAAAAAUCCCAAUAUCGAUGAUCCAUCUCCCCCACAGUUUGACGAGCAAUUCUGUUGUUAGUUGAAGGUGCCUGCCUGCCUGCCUGCCUUGCCUCAUCAUCCAUUUCAGAAUCUCUUCUUCUGCAGCGCACUAGUAGUAGAAACCAACCAACCAACCAACCAACCAGCCAGCCAAACCCACCAAAAAUUUAAACAGAAAACGCAAGCUUUGGAUUUGGGUAAGAGCAGCAAGCAAUUCCUUAUUGGAUUUGGAAGAUUUUAGUUUUGGGUUUAGGGUGAUCCAAUCCAAGUGAUAUGGAGGAAGAUGAGAUGGAUUCGCUGUUUGAGGGGAUGGUAUUGUUUACCCCCAACAACAGUACCAAUAAAUCCGAAUUGGAUUUGGAGACACACAAUCGCCAUGAUCUUGUUAAUAAUCAGCCUCAACAACUACCUCUGCAACAACAACAUGAUUAUGCUCAAGAUCCGGCCGCCGUUGAAUCUCACCAACCACCAUCUUCAUCCUCCUCUGAGCCCCUCGACGAAAACCUCUUCUCCGACCUCACACUCCAAGUCCAAACCCCAACCCAAACCCAAGAAGAAGAUGUUGUCCAAAUCCCAAUCUCAAAACCAGCACCAACAAUAUCCAGACACAACUCCACUUCCAGACGAAAAAAGAGAGCUGCUGGCCUCCGCAUCGGAUACGCCCGAUCCAAUUCCAAUUCCAAGGUCGACGAUGAUGUCGAUGAUGUCUAUGUAGAUGAUGACAAUUCCCUUCCCUUGCCCCCCACCACAACCUCCAUCAGCAGCACCCCAGUGGGUCCCACCACUCUACCAUCAGUAUCAGUAGAAGAACAAGUAGUGGUAGUAAAUGACCAAGUAGAAGCCCCUCCCGAGCUCCGGUUGGAUCAGAGCAAGGCCCUGAUCGCCGACAAGCUCAACCGUACUCGCCAAUCAGCCGCAUCCGUCUCUGUUUCUAGGAAGGACGCCAUUGCUAGGAGAAGGGCUGCCGCUGAUCAUCUCAAUUUGGCUUCCCUAGAAUACGCCAAUCUCGAGAAGCAGCUCGAAGAGGCCUGCGAGGCGGAGGAUUUCGACACUGCCCAAAGGCUUAGUGACAGCCUUGCUGCUGCUCAAAACCAGAAACAGGCUCUCCUUGAUGCACUCAGAGAUGCUGAGGCCAAUUGCGAUGCUCUUGACUCCAAAAUGCACCACCUUCUCCAAUCCCAGAUCGCCGCCGAGGAAGAAUGCGCCUCCCUGCUUCAACGCUUUGCAACCGAUGCUUCGAAUGAUGCAGAUUUGGUCUUGCAAACAGCAGAAGCACGCUCUUCAAAAGAAACCGACGAAUGGCUUUCGUCAACUGAAGCCUUGCAAGCCAAGAAAAUGGAAUUGGAGAUUGAAUCCCAUAUUAUCCAUGAUGCUGGGCUUUCCUUGAACACUUCCAUUGACACUUUAGUGGAAGAUGACAAGCUAGAGAAAGAAUGUCUCUGUAAGAAAAAGGACAUUCUCAUGGACGAACUGGACAAGCUACUUGCUUUGGUCAAACGCAAGGAACAGGAGAUUGCACAAAAUGAUCAUGACAUAAAACAAGUUGAGGAAAGGAUUGAUCGUGCUCUCUCUGACUUCCAGGACAUGCAAUCCAGCAUUCAGGCCAAGUCUAGCGACUUGCAAGCAGGCCUUUCUCAGAUACAUGCAGAGAGCGAGGCUCUCUCAACAAAAAAGACGGAAAUCAAUGCCUUCCUCACUCAGGAACAAGAGAGGGAAGCAAAGUUGAGGGAACUGGCUAGGGCUUCUGCAGAGGAAGCAGAGACAUAUCAGCAAGUUGCUACCCUUAGAAAAACUCUCAUGUCCUCUAUUUUGAAGUCCAGGGAAGAUAAGGUCAGGCUUGCAAAGACUGAGGAGGAUCUUUCCAAGGAUGUUCAAACGCUCCAACAAGAUGUAUCUGCCUCAAGAGCUACAUUACAGGAACUGUCUUCCAAAAAGUCAAGCAUUCAGCAAGAUAUAGCAACCUCUAAGCAGAAAAUUCUUUUCAUAGACAAAAGAGUCCCAGAGCUCGAAGCAGAAAAGAAAGUCGCAGCCACUGCAAGAAACUUUAAGGAAGCUGCACGGCUAGCUGCCGAGGCCAAGUCACUGAAUGUUGAAAAGGAUGGCAUACAGAUUGACAUGGAAAGAGCCAUCUUAGAGCUUGAGAAGCUCGAGCAAGAGAUAAAAGAGACUGUUAACAGAUUGCAGGAGACUGAGGGGCAUAUUCAAUCCAAGGAAAAAGAGGUAGCAACGGCUAGGUUUGAGAGGUUGCUUCUGAUAUCUGGUAUUGCUAAAGCAGAACGAGAAGCUGCUCUGGAGUUGGGCGACCUUGAAGAAGCAAACCUUCUGCUUGCAGAGGCUGAAGCAGCAGAUUCUGAAGCAAAAAAGCUUCAACCGAUAUACGAUCUCAAGUUGGAAGAGGUUGAGAGUCUACCAAAGCACUUCAUCUCCAUGGAGCUUAUAUCCAAUCUUGGGAGGAAACAGUUAGAAGAAUUGGCAGCAUCAGUUCAACCUUCUCAGGAAUGACAAUUUGUGGACCUGGACCGGUGGAGCAGUGAAAUUGUUGAUGAUGUUUUUGGGAGAUUGGGAAUCACAAGUUCACAGAGAGUUCUGAUAUUUGAUAGCUAUGAGAAGCGGGAACAAUUUAAGAACUGCUUUUGAUUGGGCGUUAAAAAGAGAAGAAAAGAAAGUAAUUGUACUUCAUGUACGGUUGCUGGAAGAGAUAAAUUAGAUUAGGAAAUUGAAUUUUCAU